UUUUCGUUUGAUCUUAGAAAUAUCUACCAGAACAACAUCAAAGGUGGAUUUUUCCUUCCUAAAAGCGUAGUAAAAUUGUAAGUUCUAGUUUUUCAAAGAUUUUUUUAUUCUAGACUACAAAUCAGAAGUAUGCUCAACAAUCCAUACAAAUUUCAUCUACACCAAUCAAAAAUACAUAUGACAUAAUGACUCAUGAAUACCGCGUUUUGAGUAACCUAUCCUCUCAGAAAUUGUCUUAAAAUGCGCCAAAAACUGGAUUAUGUUCACCGUUAUAUUGAAUCAUUUCCAGCAAACCUGGUCAUUUACUGAUGUAAAAAGCGCAAUGGCUUGUUGAGGAUCUUCGUGUAUGGCCAAUUUCCUGAGUUGUUUUUCAGACUCUUUUCAAAAUGGUGAUCAGGAAUCCAAAGAGGAAGAAAAUUUGCGAAUUUUUAGGUCACUCUCAGCUUUCGAAUCUCAGUCGGGGAAAGUUGUAACAGCGAGGAUAAACGUAUCAGCAUACGUCACCUUUAUUUAACUCGAAAAUAAACCAUGAUGAAGGAUUUUAUACAAGAUUUGCUUUGCAUCAAAUUUGCUUAAUUUUUCUCUUUAUUCUAAAAGAAACACAUAAUAUUUUUCAAGCCAGCUUGAAAAUUCAAAUUAAGAGUCAAGCCUAUACCAUGCAUUAGACAACAUUCUGAGUCUGAUGGCUCACGAGAAUGCGUUGACAUGAUCAAUUUAUGUCAAAAUCGAUGCAUGUGUGUUUUCUCUCGUUGUCGUUAAAUUGAUCAAGAUGUAAAGCAAAAGCUACUUCUGUCGACCUCGCAAAGACAUUUCCGAACCCUUCUAUGAAAAUAAACCUUCAUCCAUUUAUUUGUUUUACAGAAAGAUGCAAUACAACGACCUAACAUUGGACGACAUGAAAGAGAUUUUGCAAAAUUCUAAGGAUAUCACUUUCCUGUAAGUGUGUGCAUCUUUUAUGGAAAAUAUACUCAUUUUAUGAAGCAUGGGAUGAGUCUUACUUUUCACUGCGUUAGCUUUUGUUAUGGAGUCCAGGUCCGAGUGCAAGCACUCGAUUAAUUAAAAGUAUGUAGGGAUAUCGGAUAGGCGUUGGAGAAACCUGACGAUUUACUAAGGGGCUACUUCAAAGUUAUCACUCAGUACUCUCCUCUAUAAAGGCUGGAUUUCCUAUAACAUAAUCUCAAGUGCAAGGACAAACGUUACGCAAGCAUAACAGCCCUUUUUUCACCUUGAAAAUUACCUCGACGCUAGCAUAAAUACAAGUGGACGCAAGAGAUCAGAUUUUUUCCUUUGUCUUGUGCUUUGCACUUUUACUUUCAUCAAAGCCAUCAUACGAGCUUUUAAGUUUGCACUUGCGCUUGCGUCGCCUAAUGAGAACCAGGCUUACGACUGAUAGCUCUUCUCUCUGGUCACUAAUCUUUGCAAGGCAGGUAGUUCAGACGUUAAUAUGAUUAAUAUCAUCUAGCUUUUCUUGAGUCCAAUAUUUAAACAAGACCAAAGACUUGUUUUUAGGCUAUUUGCUAUUGUUUACAUAUUAUUAAAUCCUCGCAGAAACAUUUCAGGAAAUCCCCUUGGACCUAACUUAACUGCAGACAUUUUCGCUGGCUUUGACAGGAUCGUGUAUUUGUAAGAACCGUAAUUGUUUGUAACAUAUUAAUAAGAUUCAUGUAAGAUUUAUCUCAAUAAUUAUGGCACCUUUUCAAGGUUUCCACUUUGCCCCAAGUAGUACUGCUACAGUUUUUAUUCUUUAAAACCUUUGUUAUUCAAUCAGAAAAUCCUGACAGCUGAACAUUUCACACAAUAAUGAUGAUCCCGUCAAAUUUUUAAACUCCUUUCUGAUUUAACGUCAUUUACGCUUUCGUCGACGACGUCAUCAUGGAAAAUCAGGGGCGUAGGUAGCUUUUCGACUUGUUGUAGGCCUGUUUCUAAAGAAACUUAAAUUUUUGUAAUUCGAAUAUAUGACAACUUUUAAUAAGCAGCUUUGUUAGUGACUAAUGACGAGUUCUUCUUGUCAUUUAUUUCAAAAUUAACCUUCAUGAAUGAUACUCUCUCAAGCUCUACGCAACUUAAACAUUACAGCAUUUCAGCAAAACGAGGGCUUUUUGGAAUAGAAAUGGAUGAUCACUUAUCAUAUGGGUAAAUUUAUUUAUUAGGCAUGCAAUACAUAAGGACUGGCCACAGAUAUCUUGCGGAACGGAUUGUGCCAUGCAAAGCUAAAUGAGAUUCUUUAUUUCUUAACCAGGGAAUUGUCAGAAAGCGGUUUAAAGCGCAUCGAAAGUGGAGCUUUCCAGGCAAUGAAGAAGAUAGUAAAGCUGUAA